AGAUUGUUCCUGCACCCUCGAAUGUCUACCAUUUUUCCGGGACGACUUAAACGUCACUACGUUCGCUGCCCAUAGAGUGCCUGCUUGCAUGGCCACCACUUUUUCACCGACAUGUCUUCAUAUCUCUCGCUUGUCACGUUCUACUUGGCUUCCUUUACUGCAGGAGCUGUAUUCAAUCGUCGCGCCCCAUACCUCAACACAACCUCUAUACCUGCCCUAUCGCUGCCUACUCAAACACCGCCCGUAGGCACCUCUCUAAUCACUCCAAAGGAAACUGGGCUGCACAGCGCCGAUGGCCCCGCUACAGGAAUACCUACAAAUCAUGACGUCUUGCGACCGACCGACAUGGUCACUUCGGAUUCACAGAUUCUAUCUGUCCCUUCAAAUAUCGCAUUAUCGUCUCCUAGUCAUGUACUAGCUGCGACUUCACAUCCAUUCCCCGUAUUUCACAAUGGCACGGCAAGACCCUCUACUGGCAAUUCAAGCGCAGCAUGUACAAUCAAUAUAUACGGUGCAAGCCUCGACUACUGGUUCAUGCCGACCUACAGCUAUCCAGUUGGAACAAUGGAAACUUCAGUAAUGAAUUUUUCAAAUUCUCGGUCAUUGACACUCGUGCCUCCGACCGCCACCUUUGACGUAACCAGUGCACUGUCGUCGGAUUUUGCAUGUACUUCCACAGAGUCAUAUAUUUCCACCUUUGACUUUACCUUGACAAUGUGCGAGGAAUAUACAGUAAGACCCAGUGCUGCUGCAACAUCCGUCAUCUACCGAUCAGAAGGAUAUGCGCCGUUUCCACCAGGAGGUGUCAUCCCUCUCGAAGAUGUUCCAUCAUAUGACUUGUACCAUCCAGACCUCUUUACAUCGGCCACGGCCGUUGUAACGCUUGCACCAAAUGUCACUCGGUCUGAGACAUCUGCAACGCCUUUCGUCUACUUCACGGCCUAUGAGGUUGAGACUGGCAAUGAAACAAAAACAGUACAGCUUCCGCUUGCGCAAGCCUAUCCUUACAGGCUCGAAAACCUUGAGGAAAAGGAUACUGCCAACGGUCCUCUACCGGAAGGUUUCCUGGAUCAAACACCAUACUCAGGAUGCCACGCUGGACAGCUCCAGGCUGCCGUAACUGUUCUUAUUGUUGUCAACCUAUACUACUUAAAUAGGCCGAACCAGGGCCCUCUCUUCAGUCACUUGGAGUCAUCAGUCAUUGGAUUCGACGAGCCACCUGUUCUCAUGAACGGCCAUGGCACAAGUCCAGGGGUUGUUCCACUCACAGUCGCUGACUGGGAUAUUCCGGGCACUAGUCCCAAACCCACGGAUGAUAGUUUGACGGCCAGUAAUCUUCAUGAUUUAGCUUCCGCAGCACAAGUACGUGGGCCCGCAUCAGUUACUGUGGGCUCGAUUGGAACAAAUCCCAUCAUAAUCGGCCCUUCCUCCGAAGUUGUAGUCGGUUCACAAACACUACAGCCAGGAGGCCCUGCCAUUAACGUCGGAGGUGGGACACCUGUUUCUCUAGCACCUUCGCCUACCGCUAUUUUUGUGGGCGACAAGACAAGUCAACUACCUCAAAUCUUUCCGUCGCCUGCACCGCCAGUGUUAACAAUUGGACCAUCUACACUAAUACCAAACGCCGCUACCCAAUUCUUCAUUGCCCCAGGUCAAACUUUGACCCCAGGUGGUGUCGCAACUGUCGAUGGUACAAUCGUUAGUCUUGCACCCUCGGCUUCCUUCGUUGUCAUUGGUGGCUCUACCCAAAUUUUGCCUACGGACUCUGCGCCGUUACCAAUCACAACCAGAGUGCCUCAGCUCAUAGUUGGUGGCUCGACAAUAGUAGCACAACCUACUCAAGUUAAGCCUGACACAGCCCCUACAUUUGUUGUAUCUGAACAGACAUUACUUCCUGGCGGAGCAGCUGUGACUUUCCCUGGGACUACACUUUCUUUGGACCCUUCUGGAAGUGUAUUGGUUGUCAAUGGGGCGUCCUCGACCAUGCAAGCGCAGACUGGGGCAGCCUUGUCACCACCCGCCAUCACCAUCGGUAACGAGAUAUUCAGUGCCCUCCAGAAGCCUUCAGAGCCAGUGUUUGUAGUCGCUGACAAGACUCUUAUUCCUGGAGGUCCAGCGAUAACAGUCUCUGGCACUACGUUAUCGCUAGCAUCAUCAGCCUCUUUCGUUGUGAUAAACGACGUGACAUCGACACUGGUUGACGCCGCUCCUUCACAUGUCAGUGCGCCGCCCCUGACAAUAGGAGAUGUGACGUUCAGGCCAUUGCCUGGCACCGCGACUGCGUAUCUGAUUGGAUCAAUACUGCUUAGUGCUGGCGGGUCAAUAGUCACAUCUGGAACAACCAUUUCACUGGCCUCUGGAGCUACAGCGCUGGUUGUCAAUGGACAGACAAGCUCCAUCUUACCCCAAGUCCAACCUGUAAUCACAAAUCCGCCUCUGCUUACUAUCGGUGCAGAAACAUAUACUGCAGCGUCUGGUGGCGGUACAGUAUUCGUAGUAGGAGGCGAAACCUUGACCCCUGGGGGAGCCAUUACAGUUGAUGGGACCACGAUAAGCCUGGCCAUUAGUGCGACAGAAUUGAUAUAUGGUAGUUCAGGUCGCAGUACCACAACGGCAUUGUUUCCGGCUACCACGACUCAAAGCCAGCACAUCACCAGCACUUCUGGAUUGAGCACAAGCGCAAGGACCUUUGAUGGGCAGGCAACAGCGACAAGUCAAAAAGGUGCAGCGUCAAGAUUGAGCAGCCAAUUGUCGAUCUCGAUUACCUUUGUUGCCCUCAUGUAUUCUGUUCUAGUUUGAGCCAAGCACAUGGUGUGCAACCAAAGUGCUCAAACUGCGUCUCCUGACGGCAGAAACACCACAGAGGCUCGUGGUGACUUGUUUGGGGAAACAAUAGUGUAUGUAUACAAAAACGUGGAAUAUCAGCAUGUAUGUCUGUUUCGU